AUGGUAGGAGACUUGAUACCAAAAGACAAUGAAGUUUGGAUGUUUUAUUUGAAAUUGCGGCAAAUAAUUGAUAUUAUAACAGCCCCUAAGCUUCUUCGCAGUCAUUCUAUUUUAUUGGAUGAACUCGUCAAAGAUUAUGAUACAUUAUACUGGGACUUUGGAUGGUUUGUGUUUGUUCAAUUUCAAUCAAAAAUACAAAAAUAA